AUCUUUUGUAGCAAAUAUUUUCUUCCUUCUCCCAAGUCAUUUGUGAACUACAGCCUCUUCCAAAAUCAUAAUACAAACACAAAUGGCUCUUCUGCCUCGUAUAAUGCACGCUAAGAAGAUUGUCAGCAGGUCUGUUUCUGGUCUUGCUAAAAGUGUUCCAAAAGGCUAUUUUGCAGUAUAUGUUGGAGAGGACCAGAAGAAGCGAUUUGUGGUACCCAUAUCAUACCUGAAUGAGCCUUCAGUUCAAGAACUGCUAAGCAAGGCUGAGGAAGAAUUUGGGUUUGAUCAUCCAAUGGGUGGUCUCACAAUUCCUUGCAGAGAAGACAUCUUCAUCAAUCUCACUUCUUGCUUAAAUGCAUUUUAGUGAAGGGCGCACUAAGCUUGAUCAGACUGACACAUUUGUACAUUCAUGGGCAUUUCUUCUCUGUGGCAGAAGGGACAUAGCAGGAAAUGUCUACCCACAUGACAGAAAUCACUGAAGUUUCUCAAGAAAAUGACGGUUUGGGAAGCCAUUCGCCGAGGAUCAUUCAAGUUAAGCAUAUCUCCAAUGAGUGCAGAUGACACAAGGUCAUGAUCUAUCAGAAGGCCAAUGCUGUUCACAUUGGAGAAGCCCACCAGGAGUAAUUCCAAUUUUAUAAGCAUCUUUUAUUUUCAGACAUUGAUUAACCUUACUGGUAAUGGCUCACAAGCGAGAUGGACAUGAAAAUGGCUGGUCUGUUAAACAUGAACUGUUUGACACCAUUGACCCAAAGCUGUCUCUUCAGUUUUGAAUGAAGAGAUUUGAGUUAUUUC